AUGCCAGGGAAGAGAGGCUGGGGCUGGUGGUGGGCCCGGCUGCCCUUCUGCCUGCUCCUCAGCCUGUACGGCCCCUGGGCGCCUUCCUCGCUGGGGAAGCCCAAGGGCCACCCCCACAUGAACUCCAUCCGCAUCGACGGGGACAUCACCCUGGGGGGCCUGUUCCCGGUGCACGGCCGCGGCUCGGAGGGCAAGGCCUGCGGGGAGCUGAAGAAGGAGAAGGGCAUCCACCGGCUGGAGGCCAUGCUCUUCGCCCUGGACCGCAUCAACAACGACCCGGACCUGCUGCCCAACAUCACGCUGGGCGCCCGCAUCCUGGACACCUGCUCCCGGGACACCCACGCCCUGGAGCAGUCGCUGACCUUCGUGCAGGCGCUCAUCGAGAAGGACGGCAUGGAGGUCCGCUGCGGCAGCGGCGGCCCUCCCAUCAUCACCAAGCCCGAGCGCGUGGUGGGGGUCAUCGGUGCUUCCGGGAGCUCCGUCUCCAUCAUGGUGGCCAACAUCCUUCGCCUGUUCAAGAUCCCCCAGAUCAGCUACGCCUCCACAGCCCCGGACCUGAGCGACAACAGCCGCUACGACUUCUUCUCCCGCGUGGUGCCCUCGGACACGUACCAGGCCCAGGCCAUGGUGGACAUCGUCCGCGCCCUCAAGUGGAACUACGUGUCCACGCUGGCCUCGGAGGGCAGCUACGGCGAGAGUGGCGUGGAGGCCUUCAUCCAGAAAUCCCGGGAGGACGGCGGCGUGUGCAUCGCCCAGUCGGUGAAGAUUCCGCGGGAGCCCAAGUCCGGGGAGUUUGACAAGAUCAUCCGGCGCCUCCUGGAGACCUCCAACGCCAGGGGCGUCGUCAUCUUCGCCAACGAGGACGACAUCAGGCGUGUGCUGGAGGCAGCUCGGAAGGCCAACCAGACGGGACACUUCUUCUGGAUGGGCUCGGACAGCUGGGGCUCCAAGAUCGCCCCCGUGCUGCACCUGGAGGAGGUGGCCGAGGGCGCCGUCACCGUGCUCCCCAAGAGGAUGUCCGUGCGAGGCUUCGACCGCUACUUCUCCAGCCGCACGCUGGACAACAACCGGCGCAACAUCUGGUUUGCCGAGUUCUGGGAGGACAACUUCCACUGCAAGCUGAGCCGCCACGCGCUCAAGAGGGGCAGCCACGUCAAGAAGUGCACCAACCGAGAGCGCAUUGGGCAGGAUUCGGCGUACGAGCAGGAGGGGAAGGUGCAGUUUGUGAUCGACGCGGUGUACGCCAUGGGCCACGCGCUGCACGCCAUGCACCGGGACCUGUGUCCGGGCCGCGUGGGGCUCUGCCCGCGCAUGGACCCCGUGGAUGGCACCCAGCUGCUCAAGUACAUCCGAAGCGUCAACUUCUCAGGCAUCGCAGGAAACCCCGUGACCUUCAACGAGAACGGAGACGCGCCUGGCCGCUACGACAUCUACCAGUACCAGCUGCGCAACGGCUCCGCUGCGUACAAGGUCAUCGGCUCCUGGACUGACCACCUGCACCUGCGAAUGGAGCGGAUGCUGUGGCCGGGAAGCGGGCAGCAGCUGCCCCGCUCCAUCUGCAGCCUGCCCUGCCAGCCCGGCGAGCGGAAGAAGACGGUGAAGGGCAUGCCCUGCUGCUGGCACUGCGAGCCCUGCACCGGGUACCAGUACCAGGUGGACCGCUACACCUGCAAGACCUGCCCCUACGACAUGCGGCCCACAGAGAACCGCACGGGCUGCCGGCCCAUCCCCAUCGUCAAGCUGGAGUGGGCCUCGCCCUGGGCCGUGCUGCCCCUCUUCCUGGCCGUGGUGGGCAUCGCCGCCACGCUCUUCGUGGUGGUCACCUUCAUGCGCUACAACGACACGCCCAUCGUCAAGGCCUCGGGCCGCGAGCUGAGCUACGUGCUGCUGGCGGGCAUCUUCCUGUGCUACGCCACCACCUUCCUCAUGAUCGCCGAGCCCGACCUGGGCACCUGCUCGCUGCGCCGCAUCUUCCUGGGGCUGGGCAUGAGCAUCAGCUACGCGGCCCUGCUCACCAAGACCAACCGCAUCUACCGCAUCUUCGAGCAGGGCAAGCGGUCGGUGAGCGCCCCGCGCUUCAUCAGCCCCGCCUCGCAGCUGGCCAUCACCUUCAGCCUCAUCUCGCUGCAGCUGCUGGGCAUCUGCGUGUGGUUCGUGGUGGACCCCUCCCACUCGGUGGUGGACUUCCAGGACCAGCGGACGCUGGACCCCCGCUUCGCCAGGGGCGUGCUCAAGUGCGACAUCUCGGACCUGUCGCUCAUCUGCCUGCUGGGCUACAGCAUGCUGCUCAUGGUCACGUGCACGGUGUACGCCAUCAAGACGCGCGGCGUGCCCGAGACCUUCAACGAGGCCAAGCCCAUCGGCUUCACCAUGUACACCACCUGCAUCGUCUGGCUGGCCUUCAUCCCCAUCUUCUUCGGCACCUCCCAGUCUGCGGACAAGCUGUACAUCCAGACCACCACGCUGACGGUGUCGGUGAGCCUGAGCGCCUCGGUGUCGCUGGGGAUGCUCUACAUGCCCAAGGUCUACAUCAUCCUCUUCCACCCGGAGCAGAACGUGCCCAAGCGCAAGCGCAGCCUCAAGGCCGUGGUCACCGCCGCCACCAUGUCCAACAAGUUCACGCAGAAGGCCGGCUUCCGGCCCAACGGCGAGGCCAAGUCUGAGCUCUGCGAGAACCUCGAGGCCCCCGUGCUGGCCACCAAACAGACCUACGUCACCUACACCAACCACGCAAUCUAG